AGCCCUCUUCUUCCACACCUCUCGACUACAGACAUGACCGUAGAAAGCGUUACCACCCUCGGCGGAACUGCCUCCCACAUCCGGGUGGGUAAGGUCGCCCAUGGCCUUAUGAUGAUGACAUGGACCCCGAACCCCGUCCCGGACGAGGUCUGCUUCGAAGCUAUCAAGGCAGGUGUGGAUGCCAUGCCGCCUGGUGUCAAGAUGCUGUUGAACAGCGGCGAGUUUUAUGCGCUAGACUUUGGUACGGCGAACCUCGAGCUUCUGGCACGAUUCUUUGAGAAGUAUCCCGAGUAUGCGGAGCGGACCUUCCUCUCGGUCAAGGGUGGUGGCAAAGCAGAGGGUAGACCUGUUCCUGACUCAUCCCCAGAGAACCUCAGGCGCAGCGUGACCGCCGUCAACGCCGCUCUGCGUGGCACCAAGAGGCUCGAUCUGUUUGAGUGCGCCCGCGUCGACUCCAACUAUAGCGUCGAGCACACCAUUGGAAUCCUCUCUGGCCUUGUCAAGGAGGGUCUGUUCGACCACAUUGGCAUGUCCGAAUGCAGCGCAGAGUCACUCCGGAAAGGUAACGCGGUGCAUCCGAUCUCUGCGGUCGAGAUUGAGGUUAGCCCGUGGUCCAUCGAGCCGGAGACGAAGAAUGUGCUCAAGACCGCCGAGGAGCUCGGCAUUGCGGUUAUUUCAUACUCGCCUCUCGGACGCGGCUUCCUCACUGGACAGAUUAAGAAGCUCGACGAUCUCCCAGAGGGAGACGUACGCCGACACUUGACACGCUUCCGCAACCCCGAAUACUUCCAGCACAACCUGACCUUGGUAGACAUGCUAACGGAAAUUGCGCAGAAGAAGGGCAUUACUCCCUCUCGACUUUGUAUCGCAUUCGUUGGUUCCUUGGGCGAGAAGGUCAUCCCACUCCCUGGAUCCUCACACGUGAAGCGCACGCUGGAGAACACAUACUCUGCAGACACGAAGCUGACGAAGGAAGAAUUGGACGCGAUCUGGGAGAUUAUCAACAGCUACGAAGUGAAGGGUGAUAGGUACGGAGGGGACCCUAAGGCCAUGCACCUCUGGGGGUAAUUUUUGGAAGAGCUGUUGGGCACGAGACUCGCAUACUACAAGUUCCUCGGUGUACUUUCGGUGUACCUGUAGUGCUUGAAAUGGAAAUGACCAUGGUAUCGCUU